UGUGCCCGAAGAAAGCUCGAUAUCUACAAGCCAAUCGGGUUGUCCCACUACAUGCAAAAAGGACAAUAGCGUUGAAUCGCUCGGCUGGAAUAAAAAUGAAUCAGACAAUUGCCUCAUGUACGAUUGAGGUAGGGGGGCCUAGCAACCUGCCAUGGUUACCCAAGGAUGCAAGGAAUUACGUCGAUAAAGUGAGACGCUCAGAACUUAAGGAAGGGGAUGCAGAAUCAAUGCACAAGUAUUUUAUUAAGAUGAAAACUGAUAAUGAAGCAUUUUUUUAUGCAAUUGAUCUAGAUGAAGAAAACCGGCUAAAGAAUGUUUUUUGGGCCGAUGGGAGAAGUAGAGAAGCAUUCAAGGAAUUUGGAGAUGUGGUCACAUUUGACACCACUUAUUUGGUUAAUCAGUGGAAUAUGCCGUUUGCUCCUUUCGUGGGUGUAAAUCAUCAUGGGCAAUCGAUCUUGUUAGGGUGCGGACUAAUAUUACGAGAGGACACAGAUUCAUUUGUAUGGUUGUUCAAGACAUGGGUUGCUUGUAUGUCUGGGUGUUCUCCUAAUGCCAUCAUAAAGGACCAAUGUCGUGCCAUGCAAAACGCAAUAAGUAUAGUUUUCCCAAACGCACGGCAUCGUUGGUGUUUGUGGCAUUUAUUGAAAAAGGUUCCUGAAAAGUUGAAAGGUUACGAUGACUAUGAACCGAUUAAAUGGGAUGUCCUUAGUGCUGCGUAUGAUUCAUUGACAAAAGAGGAAUUUGAGAAAAAUUGGGGCAAUCUCAUCAAUAAAUAUCACUUAGAGGCCAACGAGUGGCUAAGUGGCUUGUACGAUGAGAGACACCGAUGGGCUCCCGCAUUUGUGAAAGAUGUUUUUUGGGUGGGGAUGUCAACAACCCAACGGAGUGAAAGCAUGAAUGCCUACUUUCAUGGCUACGUACAUUCUAAUACCACAAUAAAGGAAUUUGUGGAGCAAUAUGAGAACGCCUUGCGUAAGAAGGUGGAAAAAGAAGACGAGGAAGAUGCCCGUUGUUUCAACAAACAAAUGAAGAAUGUGUCCCCUUAUGGUUUUGAAGAUCAAUUUCAAGAUGCAUACACACUCGCAAAAUAUAAGGAUUUUCAAGCUCAAGUAGCCGGUAAGAUUGCAUGCAAUUUCACUUCUAUGAAGGUGGUAGAUGAUGGCAUUUCAAAAUUUGAGAUUGAAGAAGAUAUAAAAGUUGGUGAGAAGGGAAUAUUGAAAACCGUUACUUUUCAUGUUUGUUAUAAUGAGGAGUCAAAAGAAAGUAAUUGUACUUGUCGGUUGUUUGAAUCUAAGGGGAUUGUGUGCAAGCAUAUUGUCAUGGUUUGGUCAAGAAAGAAGUUGAAUGAAGUUCCAGAGAAGUACAUUCUAAAAAGGUGGAGCAAAAAUAUGAGGAGGAGUCACACAAUGGUGAAGGUUAGUUAUGCAAAUUGGGAAAGCAAGCCCGAAUGGCGUCGCUAUGAUUAUAUGUUGGUUGCUUUCCGUAAAGCCGAUGAAAAGGCCAUGGAUUCCGAGGCGAAGAGUAAGAGGGUGGUGGCCAAGUUGCAAGAAGCUGAGGUGGAGAAUGAAGUUUGUGAGGAGGAGUGCCUAGGCGAUAGGCCUAUGUCAAUCGACAUAGUAGAUGAAAUCAUAAGUUCCGAAGAGAAAAAAAUACCCGUGGGUGAUCCGAUUAAACGUCGUCGGAAAGGGCGGCCACCGGUAAAUAGGAAACAACCAAGAAUUGAAAAAAUUAUUCGAAAGAUAAAGCAAUCAAGCAAGAAUGGCAAAGCUAGUCGAGGCAAUGCGAAGAGCAUGACGUAUAAUCCGAAUGUUCACACUAUGGAACUCAACGAGGUUAUCAUGCAAGGGAGCAUAAAUUGUAGUACAUCCCAAUUGGUUGGACCGCACGGUGGAAUGUGGAGCUAUGACCUUGACGAGGCUUCAACUGAUUUAUAAUGGAAGACUUGUUCUUUUUUGUACUUUUGGUAGAUGGCAAUACAUAUAUUCUCUUAGCUAUGUAGAAAGGGCACCCUUAUGGCAGCAUUAAUUGUGAGUUUCAUGGUUUAGUUCCACCUGAAACAAAAAAAAUUAUUUUGAGGGUAGUGACUUGUGAGAUCAAUUAGUCUCUCUCAACCGUCUAAGUAACUUUGAUGAUCAAUUGAAAUGUGGCUUUUGUGCUUUUGUGUUGUAUCGGUAGCCUAAUUGCCAUUUACUCUCUCAGUUUGUUCACUGUGAUGCUCAAUGAAAAUGUGAAUUUGGCUUUUGUUUUGUAUGAGUAGCCUAUUAGUUACAAUUUACUCUCUUUGUUUAUCCACAGCUGGCAUGUGUCUUGUAUCACACACAUAGAUAGCAUUC